AUGGACGAGUGGCGGACAGGGGAGCGGGUCCGGGACGCGGCCCCCGUCUGUCGCUUUCCGUCACCCCCUGUCCUCCGCUGCCUGGCCCGGUCCAACGGCUACCCCGAGACAGCCAGCUCCAACCUCCAACGGCUCGACCCGCCCACGAUCCCGUCUCCUAGUAUAAACCACCUCGCCGCGCCCUCCCCACGGAACCCACUCCCACACCCAAGACCAACGCGUCCAAAGCAGCAGAGGAGUCCAAGAACCAGAGCACCGAGGGAAGGAAGCGCUAUCUCCUCCAUGGCCGGCUGCUGCGUCUUCCUCCGGCGGCCGUCGACCUCCUCCGCCCACCGCCUCGGCUACCACUCCCUGGACGGCGACCACGAGGCCGGCCCGCCCCCGGCGGCGACGGUGACGGUGGUGGUCGGCAAGGAGCGGCGGGUUUUCGCCGUGGACCAGCUGGUGCUCGACACCUACCCGUUCCGGGUGCUCCUGGAGACGGCGGCGCGGAAGGAGGAGCGCAGGAGCAAGGCCCUCUUCGUGGACGUCGACGCCAUCCUCUUCGAGCACAUCCUCUGGCUCGCCGGCUGCCACGAUCGCUCCGCCGUCUCCCUCCUCCAGCCCGACCUCAAGGACAUCAUCGACUUCUACUCCCAGGACGCCUGA